CAGCCUCAAGAUUAUUUCCUCUAUGGUAGUUUAUUUAUUCGACUUGCUGAAAUGUUUGCUGUAAUCUUUAUUACUAUAGAAACAAACCAUUUGUAAUGAAACAUUUUAAAGAUGUUUCUGUUCUCAGAUGAAAUCCUGUCUUGUUUUCAGAUCCUCGUCCAGCAGCUUCUCUCUCAGUGAAUCCUGACAGAGUUCAACACUUCAGAUCUGACUCUGUGUCUCUGAGCUGUGAGGGAAACUCUGCUGAGUGGAGAGUGAUGAUGUUUACAGAAAGAGACGGACUGUCAGACUGCUCCUACUGGGGAAAAAUGACUGGAUCUACAUGUACCAUUAACCCGUACUAUUAUAUGGAUGGAGUGUUCUGGUGUGAGUCAAAAUCUGGAGAGUUUAGCAACGCUGUCAACAUCACUCUACAGGAUGAUUAUCAUGAUGAUGUUAUCCUGGUGAGCCCUGUUCAUCCUGUGACUGAAGGAGAUCCUGUUACUCUGAGCUGCAGAUAUAUAAAACAAAAUCUUCUCUCCAAUGUGUUUUUCUAUCAUAAUAAUAAACUCAUCAAUAAUGACAGCAGAGAGGAGCUGAAUAUCUCUGCAGUGUCAAAGUCAGAUGAAGGUUUCUACAAAUGUCAACAUUCAGGAAAAGAGUCACCAAGGAGCUGGAUGUCUGUUAGAGUAACUGUAUCCAGUCCUGUCAGUUCUUCAUUUCCUGUCAUGUUGAUCAUUGGACCAGUUGUUGGAGUCGUUCUCAUUAUUCUCAUUAUUGUCCUUCUCUUGUUGUGGAGCUGCAGACGAUCCAAAGAUUUAAGCAGUAACAGGUGA